GGAUCGGCCCCCCCGCUCUUCCUCGCAACCCGCACCUAGGCAACGUGAGACGCCACGGAGGCCCGGGCCAAUUCUGCACCUCCGCUGCCGUUGCAUCGACCGCCCACCCUCCACCGUCCAGUCGCGUCUCCGGCUGGCUCAUGUCUUGGGCCGCCCACCAGAUGCUGCCUCCAGAUCGGACCACAGCCCGUCGUCGUCAUGCCCACUACCCCAGGAAAUAGCGUCAGUGCUCUGAUGAGUAUCUGGGUUCUGGUUCUCAAGCAUGUGCCUGUUUCCCUUUCUCUAUUUCCAAGCGUUUUGCGGGGUUGCGUGGAGCCUUGACACGGCUCGUUUGUGAAGGCAAUAAAGCCAACCGCCAUCCGUCUGGGUGCAUACAUGGUUGGCCCCCCGUCCCUUUUCGCCGCCUCAAGUGCUGUUCCUCCUUACAUCCGGUCGAUGCCAUAUUUUCAUGCCUACGAACAUAUCAUGGCGCUCGUGCGACCUGUAAUGUAACCUGGACAAAGCAAAGCUCGCAUUGUCACUCUCCGUCUCCGUUCCAACUACCUCCCGCCACCUCAAACACAUCCCCAGUCAUCAUCCUACUCGCCUCCGGCCCGUCGCUCUUCGUCUUACACGACGACUUAUCAUGGACGCGGCGUCCUCCCCCUCGGCGGCGCAAAAGGGCCCCAAGGCCUGCACGACCUGCGCCAAAGCAAAGGCCCGCUGUAUCCCUCGCGCUGAUGGCGGCCCCAAGUGUGAGAGGUGCCUCCGCCUCAAGAAGGAUUGCUUCUCCCGGCCUCCGGCCCCGCCCCGUAUCAAGAAGCGUCCCAAGAGAUCCCGCGUCGCCGAGCUGGAGAAACGCCUCAACGAACUCUCCUCCCAGUUCGAGGGUCAGCACCACCACUCCCCGUCACACCCACAGCAGCAGCACAGCCCGGCCAGCACCGCCAGCCUCCCUGCCACAAAGCCCCCUUCCAGCAAGGUCGCUGAUAAGGGCGACAUCCUCAACUUCGGCCACCUCUUCCCCUCCCCCUCGUCCACGGGCGUUGACGGCGACGAGGAGUCGGCUUGGAGUCCUGAGGCCCUCAAGCCAUGGGACUCGCCGUGGCCGCUAUCGGGAGAGGCCGGUGUCUUGCUGGCGCAGUACCACGAUGCCUUCGCCCACCUCUUUCCCUUCGUCGUCGUGCCCAAGCAUGCCUCCGCCGCAGACUUGCGCAGCUCACGGCCGUUCCUGUGGAAGGCCAUCAUGAUGGUGAGCUGCAUCUUUGAUGGGGCUCGACAGGCCAAGCUCGGCGAGGAGCUUCUGGCCGAAGUCGGCAAGGCUGCGGUAGUGGAUGGCAUCAAGAGCCUCGAUCUCCUCCAAGGUCUCGAGCUUCUUGUUGCAUGGUUCCACUUCGCUCUCAAAAGCUCACAAGUUACCAACCUUCUGUUCCUAGCACGGUCUAUGUGCGUCAACUUGAGCUCCAUGUCAUAUGGCUCUGAGGACGAGGAGAGCAAGUACGGCAACCUCGAUCACCUCCGCGCGUACGCUGGGACGUACUACCUCAACACUCUUGUUUUCACCACCAAUAAGCGAAUCGAUGUCUUCAUGAAUACGACGCAACUCGACACCUGCUGCCGCGUACUGGAAAACACCAUGGAAUUUCCGACCGACGAGUACCUUGUCAAGCUCGUCAAGGUUCAGCAACUAGCGCAGACCAUCUCGCUCACCAUGGCAUUUGACCCCGCCAUGCCGGCAAUGUCUCUGCCCCUCACCAUGGUCGUUGAGUCAUUCCAAGACCAGCUUGACACGUUCCGUGCCACCCUGCCUGAGGGCCUGGCCGACAAUCCCACCUUGCAAUGCCACCUCGCCAUCGCCGAGGUGCUUCUGAUGGACAUUGCCAUCUCCGAUCAGCACUGCAACUCCUCCAACAUGCCCCUCACAGACCGCCUGCAGCUUCUCUGGUCUUGUGUUCGAUCCCUCCGCGCAUUCUUCAAGGUUCGAUUUGCCGGCUCCGAGCUGGAAAGGCCGCGAUUUCUCACACUCAUCGCUUCCGACAUUGCCUAUACCUUCAUCACAGGCGUCAAGCUCCUCGCGCUGCGGGUGCCGGGUUGGAAUCUCGAGCACAUUGGCAAAGAGCUCGCGUUGGACAAGAUGCUGGGCCAGCAGAUUCAUGACCUGUCUGAAAUCAUCGACAAGCGCAAGAGCGGGCUCUUGUCAACAGCAGACAAGGCCGGCCUCGAAGACCCUCUGGAGCGGUUGGUGAGACUACUUCGGACGGCGCAGGAGCUCGUUGCGCUGCAGCUGAGCGGCGUAACAGCGCAGGAGAUUGCGCAAGAGAUUGUGUCGGAGAUGAACAGCAGCAUGUGGCAGGAUCUCGUCAACGACUCGGCGGGUGCGACGGCGUGGGCUGGGGCAGGGGACAACGCGGCCACAUUGAGCGCCCAAUGACCAAAAGAAGCGGGUGCUAGGGAUUCGACCGAUGCGCCAACGAAGCGAGUUUCUCUUGACGGGGCGCUCCGGAUGGCGAUACGAAAAUGACGAGGAACGACUCGACCCCUCGUUUGGGGACGCGGGCGGCCAAGGCUCAUUGUGCGGAGGGCGGUGCAAAACAACGAGCAGUAUGUGGACGGUCGUGGGGAGCAUCUUCUAUGGCGUAGAUCAAUGGACACACGCGACGGGUGGAAUUCGCAGCGAGCAUGGAUCAAGGUGUUGGACACAUUCCGCCCGCUAGGUGCUCUUCGAGGGCCUAUGGUCAUGGGCAUUGGUUACCAAUUGGCGUUUUGACGAUUUCAUGGGCUCUCAUAGGAUUGGAAAAUGCUAUUGGUGUAUAAUCUCAUAGCUUCAUUAGGCCUUUUGUCUAUCC